ACAAUUUGUAAGCCGAGGAGUCCUUGUAUUAUAUUCCGUGUUCACGUUUUCUGACACAAGGUACGCUUCCGACUAUGAACACACACGCUGCCCGGUGUUACAGGUCAUACGCAUCCCGAUUGUCGGCGAUUCACAGGGUUGGCCAAUUAUUAUUUUCUUUUGAUUAAACGAAUAGGGGUAGAGGGAAGGACGGGUUGGCUCCAUACAGUGCGGAAGAAGUUCAACAUACAUACUGAACAGGGUUGUGAACUGUUCCCUGUCACUUUUAUACACAGUCCCCCCUCUAGACUUCCGCUUCAGUGGAGGCCUUUCCGAUCAGCCGUGGUGAGUGCAAGCCACUGCGGCAGAGGGGUAGAGGGAAGGACGGGUUGGCUACGUACAGUGCGAAAGAAGUUCAACAUGCAGGCAUAUAUUCCACACGGUGUUGCGUAACUUUCUUACACGCCCCUACUGGACGUCUGUAAAAAAAAGAGCUGUAUAGCUCAUCUGAUUCCUCCAGUAUAAAUGCAUAUUCUGAAACAGGUCCCCCUCCUCUAGACUUCCUCCUCAGAAGGGAGGCCCCUCCGCCAGCAGUGUUGCCAACGUUUCACACCCCCUGCCCGAUUUGCUCACCGCAGGCUGAGCCACAACUGCCUCAAGGAUGCUGGGAUGAUGUUGCUGGCAAAGGGAUUGGUUGAGAGUGGAAAACACCUGGAGACUCUGCAUCUUUGGAAUUGCUCCCUCACCCAGAAGUCGGGUUCACAUCUCCAAGACAUCGUCAAGAGCUGCCCCAACCUCAAGAAGCUUGUGCUUGGUGAGAAUGCGAUCGAGGACAAUGGCGCAAGACAGCUUGCUCGAGCACUACUGGACGAGAGGAAUUCUGGGAAGCAAAUUCAACUGGAGAAGUUGCACAUGCAAGGAUGCGGUAUGACGGAAAAAUCUGCGUCUGCCCUUCGUGAUAUCAUCGUUGCCUGCAGCAGACUGAAGGUGCUCCGGCUAAACGAAAACCGGAUCGCAGACACAAGUGUGAAUAUGAUGGCCAAAGCAAUGGGUAAUGAAAAUGAACAUCUGGAGGAGUUGGCCAUUAGGAACUGUUCGCUGACGGACGAGGUGGUUCCUGCUCUCCGUAAAAUUGUUAUGGGCUCGCCGCGCUUGAAGCUGCUUGGAGUGAGUGUCAAUUCGUUCACCGACGCGACGACGAGCGAAGUGGACUCCCUUGGCGAGCUGCGACCGGGGCUGCAGGUCAUCGUGUGAAACACAAGGAGCCACUUGAGCGGUGGUUUGUAUGCCAGAGACUCCUCCUGUUGGUCUCAGCCUGCUGCGCUGAACGAUGUUCUCUUUUAAAAUGCACACUAGUUUUGGCACCGCAAGACACCCCUCACCUGCACGUAUGAGACCACCAUCCCUCACACCGCUCCAAUUCUCAGAUCCCUCCACAGGACAAACAACAACAACAGCCAUGGAUGAACUACAGAUUCGCUCUCAGCGUCUUCAAGAUCCAUGGACUCGGCACCCCUUGCCUACCUUCCCCCUCUGUCCUCUCAUCUCACUCUGCUCCUCUUCAUGCACUCUCCUACCUCUUCUCAUUUCACCUCACCAUGUGCUCCACUCUCAUCUCGCUCUGCUUCCCUUCAACUUAACGGCGAGCUUAAAUAAUAGUCUCGUUAAAGAGUUGUCAAUGUGACAAUUUUAUUUCAUUGACUGUGUCGGGUGGUGGAGGGUUAUACGACAAAAACAAUUGGCCAAAUCAUUAGGUGGCUAAAACCAAAAAUAAAUUAUGAUGAAAGUGAUGUAAAGACUUCUAUUGACGGACACAAUACAUGUGUAGGGACUGAUUCGGAGACACUAAGAGUAGGAGGCACUCUGUUUAUUAACACGGCCUGACAGUAACACUUAGCGACUGCUCCCAGUCAGGACAGCUGGCAGACUGCUUGACUGGCGACGCCGAGAUGGUGAAGACGGCGCCGACGCUGAAGACUCCGGCAGCACGAUGGGGAUCCCGCUCCACACGACAGCCCCGAGGUCCCCUCCCGGGGCCCCUCUUAUACUGCCAACGUGGCCUGGCUCCGCCCCCGGCCACGCCCCCUUCCGGAACCUACCCGCGGGUUCCGCGGGUUCUCGAUGGGCCCCUUCCGUAACCUUUCCCCUAGGUCCUCCUCUGGUCUACCACGUGGCCUGCUCUCGGUCAGGGCUGCUGUAAGCUGCAGAUUCCCUUCCCUGCCAGCAGCCAGCG